AUGGAGGUCGAUUGUAAGAAAUGUUAUAAAAAUAUAAGCUCUAAAGAUGGAUUGUGCUCAGAAUGUAGACUAAAUUCAGACGAAUCGCAAGGUUUUUUUGGAAAAUUCAGCCACCUGUACAACACUAUCCUCGGAUUAGCCCUUAAACCCAAUGAAAACAUAAAUAACUCGAGAUUUGAUGAAAAUUUAAAGGAAAAUAAAAGACACGAUGGGUUUUUCCGCAGAAUAAAAAGUUUUUAUAGAAAUGUGGGCGAAGAUGAGCCCGAAGAGUCGGAUCACAGCGAGUCCACGAACAUCGUGGAAACAAAUGACCAAAAUGAGGAAUCUGCGGACAGAGAUUGGUAUAUUCCAAGCAUAAACCGCAACAUGUCAAUUGUGAAAAGAGUCACAUGGGCGGACCAGGGCGAAGAAUCGAGCAGCAACCCUGUCGAUGCUGGGCCUGCGCAAGGGUCCUAUUAUCCACUGGAAAGCGGAACCAAAUGGGAUAGGAGCUUGAGCAGAGAAGCGAACGAUGCCGAACAAGAGAUUAUAAGCUCUAUGUCGUCGCUGGGCCUGCGCAGGAUGGGGAAGGAAUUGAAAAAGAUAAACAAGGAAUUCUCCAAAUCGAUGCACCUAGCGGCCAGACUAAAGGAGAAGCUGACCAAAAAAGACCACAAGCCCUGCGAGUACGACUACCUGCCGAAGGAGGGAGAAGGAGACAAUAACCUGUGGCGCUUGAAGCCGAAGGACGAGGAGGAGUACCAGAAGCUGCUCUUCUUCAGAGAGGCGCCGCUCAGGAAGUACGGCGCCGAAGAGCUGAGUAGAUCGAUGGAAAGAGCAAUGAACAGCAGAGGCAGGAUCGUGGAGAGGUUCGGAAUAGAGAUAAACAGAAUAAACAUCAAGUGCCUCUUCGAUACAAACUGGCUCAACGACGAGGUCAUCAACUUCUACAUGUUUAUGCUGCAGGAGCAGAGCGAGCGCGCGCGGGCGAAGCAGCGGCUGCCCUCCUGCUACUUCUUCAACACCUACUUCUUCCCGACGCUCUGCGGAUACGGAGUGCAGGGGUUGCACUACGACUACAGGUCGGUGGCGCGCUGGACCAAGAGGAAAAAGGUGAACGUGUUCGAAAGGGACCUGCUGAUAGUGCCAGUGCACGUGAACGAGGUCCACUGGGCGCUGGGCGUCCUGGACAUGAGGAGGGGCUCGCGGAGGAUCAUGAUAUUCGACUCGCUGGGGGGGAAGAACCCGCGCUGGUUCAGGACCAUCAGGCGCUGGCUGAUCGACGAGCACAAGGAUAAGCUGAAGAGGCCGCUCGAGGAGAUCGGCGACUGGAGGAUUCCGAUGAACUACACUGCGGAGCCGUACGCGCCCCGCCAAAACAACAAUUACGACUGCGGAGUGUUCCUGUGCCAGUUCGCGAAGGGCAUAACGUUCGCCACGGGGUUCGGCUUCGCCAAGGAGUCCUCGCAGUACCUGAGGAACUCGAUGGUCCACGAAAUACUCAGAGCCCAGGUGGAAGUGUAG